UUUCGAGUUUUGCUCAGUCGAGAGUGGUUUUUGCAGAUGUGUGGUUAAAGUGUUGUGCAUCAUGAGACGAAAAAUAACUCUUUUUGUUUUUACUUGUCUUAUAGCUAGGUGUUACUCUCAAGGUAGUACAAAAUGCAACGUCGACGACCCUGAAGGUCAUUUAGACUGGCAAACUUUUUUGGUUGCUGUUAAUCCAAUCAAAGACUCUGAGAGCUUAGACUUACAAAUUACAUAUAGCGGAGAUUUUCAUGUGGUGGCGGACACCGAGGAAGAAGGGGCCAAAUACAUAGAUAUUACAGCCGACGGUUCAACUUUGAGUAUAAAAACCAAUGAUUAUUUCAAAAAUAAUUAUGAAGAAGAUCAAAGAGAUCAGGCACCUGCCUCCUCGCUUACUAUUUAUCGAACUCUGUCGAUAACAUGUGACGGCACAACUUAUCAAUUUACUAUACAACUAUAUGUACAAGACACCAACAAUCAUUCCCCCACAUUUGUGCAAGAUACCUAUACCUACACAAUGCCGAUGCCUCUGGUACCAAACAUAGAUCUCACAAAUUUUGGCAACAUAGAAAUAAUUGUCGAAGACAUCGACUUCUCCAACACAAAGAUGAGCUUCGCUGUUGAUCCCCCAGAAUAUUUUUCAUUGGACUUUAAAGCUUUGCCAAGCAGGCAGUACCAUGCAGUUUUGAAGGUUACACAAUAUGUGAGAUACGACAAAGAUUUGACACUGACGAUCACCGCAACUGAUGAAACUGAUCCGUUUCACACUGACACAGCUACAGUCGUAAUUAAGAAGGACGCUGAGUUCAGUCAACCCGACAUUCCAACAUUUUCAGAGCUUAUAUACGCAUUUACUUACUCUAAUGAUGGCGGCAACCCCGCCAUAACACCCGACGACCCUUCAAAACAAAUUGUUGUCACUACUAGUGACUCAGACCAAACCGAAGUAUCUCUAAGUGAUGAAACAUACUUCAAAGCUGAAUACGACAAAACCACAAACACAGUCACAAUAUCAGUUACAGAUAUACCAGUGGAAUCAGCAUCCGAAUCUAUGAUGACUUUAACACUAACGGUAAAACUAGGUUCUGAAAGUAGCGAAUCGGCCAUCAUUGUCAAGCUUCCAAGUAAUGUCGUCGUCAUUAUUCCCAAAUUUACAGCACCUUACUACACGGCCACAUAUUCUGUGGAUGGUGACGGAAAUCCUUCUCUUGCGCUAGACGCCGAACAAGAAAUUGCAAUUACACAACAGACAAGCAAUCUUGAUAUCGAGCUGGAGGGCGAUGAUCACUUUAGUAUAGCAAACGUCGACGGUGUAUGGACUUUGAACGCAGACAGUCCACUGGACGACGAGAUCUUGAAAAAGGGAGAAGAUAUUACUUUAACUUUACACGCAACAGUUACUGACGAAAAUUCAGAAGAGCAUGAAGGAUUCGGAGUUGUGAUUGUAAAAUUGCCUCCGGUUCUAGAAGUACCGAGAUUUGUAGAAGCUAACUACAGAGGACAAUAUAAGGUCGAUGAGGCAGGUGUUAAAGAUACAGUAGAGUUAACAAACGGACCUAUAAAUAUAGUACAGACGGAAGAACCUGUGGAUAUUGUUAUAGUAGACAAUGCUGAAUACUUCGCAUUAAUUCAAGGCAGUGAUGGGUGGACAGUAGACGUCUUAAAAAAAUGGGAACAAGUAACAGAAGGAGGGGAUAUCGUCCUUACGUUAUCCGCAACAGUUACAGGCGCAGAUGUAGAACCCGGUUAUAGUACUUUAAUUAUAGGUCUACCCGCAGCUACCGAGGCACCAACCUUUGAUAAACCUUAUUACACAGCAACAUACAAAACUGGUACCGACAAAGACACCUUGGAAGUGCAAGACUCCAUAAACGUAGCUGGCGGACCUGAUACCGAUGUUAAGAUUCUCGAGAGUGAAAAUUCCGAUUGCUUUAGCAUUUCUUGUGAUGAUGGUACUCACAUUUGUCAAGUAACUUUAGUCAAAGAUCUACCCGACGAUGUUAUAACUCAAGGAGACGACGUUAUUCUCAACAUAGAAGCAAAUCAACCAGAUUCCACUGAAACUGGAUUAAGCAUCCUCAUAAUAUCACUUGAAACCGUAAUACCGAAAUUUUCAAAAGCGUACUAUAGAGCUAAGUACGAACUUGACGAAAACAACAAUGGCGUAGUUACCAUGAUUGAACAAAAUAUUACUAUUGAUUCGCCGCAAGACCAAGCAGUGGAUGUUGCUUUCUCGGAAGUUACGGAUAACUUUGGGCUUCAGCAAGAUCCUAGUAAUGAUCAUCAGUGGACGGUGACUGUAAUUCAAAACCUACCCGACGAUGUAUUACAGAGUGGUGAAGAUCUAAUACUAAGCCUUCAAGCUCAUAUCCCGGGAUCACCUAGUAGUAUUGUAACUACAGAGACUUUGAUUAUAGAACUACCUGCAGUAGUAACAACCCCGAAAUUUUUGAACGCUAUUUACAGUGCUGAAUACGAAAGUAAUGGAGAUGAAAACACAGUAACUUUGUCUAACGGACCUAUACAGUUAACCGCAACAGAAAACAUAAAUGUUGUCUUUGUUGAUACUUAUUCCGAAAAUUUUGACUUUACUCUGGAUACUGAUCCACAAAUUACGGUUAAAAAACCAUUAGGAGACGACGUAAUCAGUCAGUACCAAGAAGUACUACUGACCCUACAAGUUUCCCUUGAGGGAUCGACAGACGAUGUAGAGACCACUGUGAUAGAACUAAAACUACCGCACCUCGACAUACCCAAAACUUUAAAAUUUAACAACCCUUCUUUCGUGUUUUCGUACAUUGUCGAAGGUGACACUCAUUCUAUAGACCAGAAAGGACAAACUAUUAGAGUCACUAACGGUGAAAUGGCGGCAGCAGUCACCAUUAUGGAAGGAACACACAGUGACAACUUCAAAGUGAGACGAAACGAUGAAGAUGACACCUACAGCAUUAUCAUUGCCAAGAACUUAGAGCAGAGUGUCAUUGAUAGUGAAGUAGACAUUCUUCUAGUUUUGGAUGCAAGUCUGGCAUUAGUCUAUGAUGAUUUUGCUACAGUUUUAAUAAAUCUACCUGCGAAAGACGCCGGAAUACCUCCUCAGUUUAAAAAUACAUUCUAUGUAGGAAAUUAUGUCUUGGGAGAAGAAAAAGACGGAGAUAGAGUGGAUACGUUCGUGAUUGAUGGGAACCAAAUUAGCCUAAAUGACGGAAUCAGUGAAGAGGUUUCUGUAACUUUGGCAGGAACAAAUUCGCAGUUUUUCAAAGCUGAACUUAACGACGACAAGAGUGUUACCGUUAGUCUGACGAACAAUUUGGAUCUCAAAACAAUUCUAGGUGACGUCGAUAUUGUAUUAACUCUGCAGGCUACGGAUCCAAAAGUUACCGAAGUGGGUACAGCUACUCUAGUUGUAAAACUUCCGAAAGAAGUUACUCCAGCAGCCUUCACACAAGCACAUUAUACGGGUAGCUACGACGUUGACAGCGAUCCAGAUGUUGUCAAAAUAAACGAAGCGAUUGAACUCAGUGGAAAUUAUUUAGAUUCUACAACAGUUGUUUUGGUCACACCAACCGGACUGCAAGACAACUUUAAAUUAUCUGAUGCUAGUCCAUAUACAAUAACGUUAACAAGCGAUAUCGAUGAUGUUCAUUCGUACAACGAAAUUGUACUUACGCUUGAAGCUUCUAUAGAUGGAGUUCCUCGUAAAACAAGUGCUACCGUAGUAAUUGAAGUACCAGCUAUUCCGCUGCCACCUAAAUUUUCAUAUUCGCUAUAUGAGUUCAAGUAUGACUCAGAUACAGUAACGUCUACUGAUGGAAAAACGAUUACUACUGACCCAAGUGAUACAACUGCAGUUAAAGUUGUUAUUGGAGAUCCAUAUACGAAGAAUUUCAAAAUAUCUCCCGUUGGAGACGCAGGAGAAUAUAAAUUUGAGGUCACAACUCCUCUUGAUCAAACUAUUAUUGAUCAAAAUGUAGAAAUAUUUGUACAAUUGGAUGCUACACUAACUGGUUCAACUGAUACUUCUUCGGCAACUGUAGCCAUAAAAAUGCCAGAAAAAACGGAGAAUGUAGUUCCCAAAUUCUCAAACGCUUACUAUAAAGCUACUUACACCCACAACGACCCUGAUGAAGACAUUGUAACUAUUCAAGACCCAGUACCUAUAACCAUUGCCAGUGAUCAAGCAAGUGACACUGUAGUAAAUGUGAUAGGCCAAUACCAAGAAAAUUUUAAAGCAGAAUUUAAUACUGACACCAAUUCGUGGGGUAUAAAAGUUACUAGCAAGUUGGAUGAUACAACAUUAAGCCUGUUAGAACUCGUUAUACCUCUGGAAGCUGUGUUAUCUGGAGCCGCCGACGUAGGAUCCGCUGCACUCGUUCUAUCGCUUCCAGAUUCUGAAAAGGAUCCUAUUCCAUUAUUCGAAAAACCCUCGUACACUGCUCAGUAUAGUUUAAAUGAUGACGGUACCCCUAACGUUACUGGCGAUCCUAUUGUUGUCAAAGUUGCUGACCUAACAUACGCCGAAGUCACACUUGCGGAUUAUACCGACUACUUUGUUCUAACACCCAACGGCGACAAAUCGCAAUGGAUCAUUUCUUCAAGUAGUAAAGCUCUGGAUGACGAUACUUUAAAAAAUAAUCUAGAACUAGUGAUACAACUAAACGCGCAUUUGGACAGCGCUGUAGCUGAUGGAGCUGCUGUUCUCGUUGUCACACUUCCACACCAGAGCAUUACGUUUGAUGCCCCGAAAUAUCAGGGUGCUUAUAAACAUGAUAGUGAAGAUAGCACAAAAGAUAGUGUAGAUAUCGCAGACAUAACGAUCCAACCAGCCGGAGCUAGUGCCUCUAUACAGAAUAAUGCAUACCCAGAUAAUUUUGAUAUUCAAUGCGACGAUGAAGGCAAGUGCAACUUGCAACUAAAAGCCCCUCUUGAAGACACGGUACUCACAAGUGAAAAGGAAAUUAUACUAGUACUGGAAGCCUCAAAAGCAGACACUACUGCCACAAGCACAGCUGCAGUUAUCAUCAGUUUGCCUUUACUGGAAACCCUCGACGCUCCCGAAUUUACCGAAAAUGUUUACGUUGCUCAAUACGUGGUAGAUGAAGAAACCGGUGCAAUUACCAUAACUCCUGACAACCCAAUACAAAUUAAAGGAGAAACCGAUCUCAAUGACUUUAAUUUUUCUCUUGAUGGAGACAAUUCUGACCAUUUCAAUUACAAUUUUAAUGUAGACCAUUGGGACAUUAUAAAUAGUGAACCACUACCAGACGAAACUCUUAAAAACGAGGUUUCCAUCCUUUUGAAUUUGAAAGCCACUAAACCCGGCGUGUCGGUUCCUGGACUGGCCGGAUUGGUUAUUCAACUCCCCAAAUCAACGGAUCCCGAAAUCUUGUCUUUCACUCAAGUUGCAUACAUCGCAAAUUACACGGUCGUUACUGGAAAUAAUAACGACGUCCUGGACAUUACUAACGGUCCAGUUAAAUUUGAUGGUGUGGAUGAUGCCAGCACGGUCAAACCCGAUGUGGUAGAAGACGAGUACAAAGAUUACUUCAGUAUAACUCCUGAAACGGACGGUUGGACUAUUGCAAUGCUAAAAGACUUUUCUUCUGAGAUAACUGACCAAAUAUCUCUAACCGUAACUCUUAAAGCUACCCUAGACGAUCGGUCUGGAGAAUGCGCGCUUGUCAUCUCACUACCUAAAAAGGUUAGUCCAGCGAGCUUCCAGUUUGAAUUCCCAACAUACCGUGCAGAAUAUGAACAAGUCCAAGAUGGAAAGGACAAAGUAUCGUUUGCAAAAUCUAUAACUCUUACGGGGGAUGUGGACGGCGUCACUGUCGAGAUCGACGGAGAUUAUGCAACAUAUUUCGUUGAGACAAACACCGGUAACACAGUUUCAAUUGAAGUAAACAAAGAUCUCCCAGACGAUGUUUUGGACAAGGUAGCAAUCACUCUUGAUAUUGUAGCAUCUAAAUCAAACGAAAAGGCAACAUCCACUGCAGUUAUAAACCUUCCCAGAAAAGUUGUUCCAUCUACUUUUUACUUUGACAGUGGUGUUUACACAGGAACGUAUAAUGAAGAUGACACAUUUGCUCUUGAUUCUGACCAAAAGAUUUCGCUUACGGGAGACAUUGAUCAUUCGGCAACAUUCGCUGCAAAUGGAGACUACGCGGAGUACUUUGAUGUAUCGUACGACGGUGAAGAAAUAAAAGUUACGUUAACAAAAGCUCUUCCAAGUGAAGUGGUUGAACAGAAAAUAACAAUUCCUGUUGAAAUCGUGGCUACUAGAGAAGGAGUUCACACACCAACUACUCUAAUUGUAAAACUUCCGAAAAAUUCGGCACCUGCAACGUUCUAUUUCGAGCAUAAUGUCUAUACGGUACAGUAUAAAGAUGACGACGACAGUCUCGUUCAACCGGAUAUAAAUAUUGAAGGAGAUUCAGACAACAAAGCCAGCGUUAAGCUGAUCUCAUCAGACUACGCCAAAUAUUUCGACGCUGGAUACACAAAUGGCGCAGUCAAACUUACAGUAAAAGAACCAAUUACAGAUGAGAUAAUUGCGGAGAAAGGAGCUAUAACUGUGGAUCUUGAAGCUACUAGCUCAACUGAUGAGGUCGCAACGGCCACUGUGGUUAUAGAACUUCCAAAAAGAAACACUGCGGCUACUUUCUACUUUGAUAGCACUAUUUACGAAGCUAGUUAUAAUGAUGACGGCGUUACUGUAAACGGAAGUAUAACUCUUACAGGGGACUCAGACAGCACCGCUACUGUUGAAGUGCAAGGAGAGUAUGCAGAUGACUUCACAGUAACAUAUACCGACAAUACAGUAGAACUUUCAUUGACAAAGACUCUUCCAAGUGAUGUUCUUGAUACCUAUGCAGCAAUAACCGUCGACAUUGUAGCCACGAGAGGAUCAGAAACGGCAACCACUACCGUAGUUAUAACACUACCGAAGAAAAUUGUCCCUGCAUCGUUUAGCUUUAACAGCACUCACUAUGUAGGAGACUAUAAAGUAGAUGAUAAUGGGAAUACACUUGCAGUUAGUGCUAUCUCCCUGAAAGGUGAAACAGAAAAUGUUAAAGUUACCAUAGAAGGAGAGUAUAGCGACCACUUUAGUGUUGGCUACGCUAGUGGCAAUGUGAACAUCUCACUAAAGAAGCCUCUUGAUAGUGACAUUCUCGACACGAAAUCGGCAAUUCCUCUCGAUCUCAAAGCUGUCAAAGCUGACGAAACAGUAAUAACAACGCUUGUAAUAACACUUCCAAAAGAAGCAUCAGUUGGUGACUCUGAAGAUGACAAAACCGGACUCAUCGCAGCAGUGGCGGUGUUGGCCGUCCUUUUAGUAGCAUCACUAGUAGGAAGUGCAGUGUUCUACUAUUUCAAAUUCAGGCGAGGAAGUUCCUACAAUGACAUAGACGAAGGCCGGCCGUCGGAGAGGUUUAGAAAAAAUAGCACCACAGACUCAAAAAAAGUUGAACACCCUACGCGCAGAGCGACGGGGGUUAUAAAGUACCCGCUAGAAGAAGUCGCUGAAAAUGGUGAGACUCCGACGGAGGAAAUGGAGCCAAAUUUGGAAAAGAGAAAAUCUGUACAGUUUGAUACGAUUAAUAUUGAUGAGUUAGAGAUUGAGAAGCCGGAAGACGACGACAACGACUUUAUGGGAGAUAGUGAGGCGGAGGACGGCGACGAUACACGAAGAACCUCAAGAGUGUAGCGCUAGAAUAGAUAAAUUAUUAUAAAUUACUCAGUAUUAAUCAGCCGGCUGGGUUGGUUUGUACAAACUGCAUACUGAUAUUUUCAUUUUAGUAAAGUAUUUAUUAUUUAUUUUAUUACUGUAUUUGUGGGAAAAUCCACUAAUAAUUAAGGUACAUAUAUAAAUAUUAAACAUGAUAAAGUGUGAAGUACGAUAGAUAAGCGCAGGCGCUAAAAGAAUAGUGAGUUGUGAGUAUUUUAGGAUCGUUUUUAGCAGUAAACACAUUAAAAUAUUCAA